GCGUUGGCAGAGGGAUGAUGCAGGAGCAGUGGGUUUAAAUGCUGAGAUUGAUGUAUGUUCUACUAUGUACGUUGAAAGCACAUUCAUAGACAAAUUUGAGCAGUGUUGAACAGGGUCCAAACGCCUUGAAGCCUGCCACGCUGCCUGCUUGCAUCUCCCCACACCGCACACCACCGUGACUCCUCCACAACACCCGCGACCUCGACCUCAAACGCACACGACGACCUCCCACGGCCGAUACCAAUACCCCUCUUGAGAUACUUGUUAGAAGGAAUACCUGGACAUCAUGUCGUCCAGUGCAGGAGGCCGUGGCCGUGGCGGAAAAUUCAGCAAACCUAAGCGUGGUGGUGGAAAGCACUUCUCGAGGGACCUGCAGCCGCUGAACGCUGAUGGGGAGGUCAUGGGCAUGUGGGGUGACGCCAAACCCAAGACCCUCGACGAAGAAUCCGAAGAUGACGACGAAGACGACGAAUCCUCCGAAGAAGAGUCCUCGGAAGACGAAUCCAACCCAAAAGAAGCUCUAAGUCGCGAACAACGCAAAGCCGCCGCCAAAGCCCGCAAGCUCGCCGCCAUCGCGAAACAGAACAAGAAGUCUGCCGCUCCCGGCGACAUGCCCUCGUCGUCCGAAGAGGAAGACGACGACGAGGAGGACGGCGAUAUGCCCGCCAACCCCAACCACAGUGCCAAGGCGCGCACGCAGGCUGCGACCUUGGCCACCCCCGCUGAUGCUGAGGCCAUCAGCAAGGACAAGGCGAAGACACCGGUUUCUCAGUUGAGCAGGCGGGAGAGGGAGGCGCUGCAGGCACAGCAGGCGAAGGAGAGAUACCAGAAGUUGCAUGCGGAGGGGAAGACGGACGAGGCGAGGGCCGAUUUGGAGAGGCUGUCGCUUGUGAGGGAGAGAAGGGCGGCGGAGGCGGCGCGGAAGAAGGCCGAAGCCGAAGAGAAGGCCGAGCAGGACAAGAGCAAGGCCGAGCAGUUAGAGAGGGAGAAGAGGAUGAGGGAGGCGGCGUUAGGCAAGAAGGGAGCGAAGGGUGGCAAGAAGAAGCCAUGAAUACUUACACCUUGACGGUCUUAGAGAGAUGGUGUUUGCAUGGCGAUGGAUGGGUCUCCUUUGUUGAUUUUGAUGGAACGGGGGAGGUUAGGGUAUGGAGGAGGGAAGCCGAUCUCCUUUUCUUGCAUAGGGUGGCUAGGCAAUAUGUCGAAGCAAAGGGAA